CAAGCUGCUUCUGAUUAAACAGUAUCAAAUAUGGUGGUUUGUACACUCAUUUCUUCUCCAACACUAGCCUGCUAUGUGGGAGUUACUGUCACAGUAAAACCCAUGUUGAAUUUGCAGUUUAUAACAACCAUGGGCUCUUCUUGUGGUUAGUGCUGUCAGCGGGGUCCGUUUUUCCUCCCUGGAGCUACUGACCCUCUCCAGUCUUACACUGUAUUAUGGAGAUAGGUCUGUCCCCCUUCCUGGGAGCCAGGGUUAGUGUCCUAGACUGCUUCGUUCUUUAAUCUUCUUUGUGUUGUUUCUCUGUAGUUUCUGCUUUUCCAGUUGGCUCUUUCUUGCUUCCCAAAGAUGUAUUUUGGGUUUUUCUUCACUAAGUUGUUGUUCUUCAAGGGUCUGAGCUCCAGGGACCUUGAGAGAUUGUACUUUGCUUCUUGUCUUUACUCCACCAUUUUUUCUCCACCUUACCUGUUGUCUUUCUCCUUCCUCAGCCCUAGUGAGACUGCUCAUUGCCAUCCCCAGACUGUGGCAGGAAUGAGGAACAGGAGGCAGUAGCUGAUAAAUUAGUUGUUCAGUCAAUAAAUACCCAUUUGGCUUGCUCCGUGUAGCCCUGUCCUGGACACUGAGGACACAGGCAAAUCGAACACCUCUCAUGUAGCUGGAAGGCAGAUGCCAAGCAGGUACAGCGACAUCAGGGGCUCACAGGGCUAUAGUUACACCAGAGACUGGGGGAGCAGGGAGAGCUUUUUGAAGGAGGUAGCCCUUGAGCUGACUGAGCGUCGCAGGAGGAACAAGAGUGCCCACUAGAUUGUCACUCCUGUCUCCUUAAGGGCAGAUCCAUCUCUGCAUACCUAGAACUGCCCAGAACAGAGUGGCCUAGAAUCAUUGUUGAAUGAAGAAAAAGAAAGGGUUGGUAGAGGGACAAAAAACAGGCAGGUAGGUAAGGAGACUAAAUAAAGCCAGAAAGCCUGAGGCACUUUGUCUGCUGAGAGUCCACUGAGAACCUGGCUUCUCUUUGUGGUUUCUCCAGCUCCACCCCUCCAACUUGGUUUAUAUAGCUUCAUGUCCUGGCACUCGGCAAACAGUGCUCAGCUCUGAACCAUCAUGGCUCUGAAUGCCCACCUUUCUGGCCUCCUGAUCCUGUUGGUGACAGGCCUAGCCCCAGGCAUCAGGGACUCCCUCAGGGCCCAGGACCCAGGUCCCCGGCCACUAGAGCUAAAAGAAGUCUUCAAGUUGUUCCAGAUCCAGUUUAACAAGAGUUACUCGAACCCAGCAGAGCAUGCACGCCGCCUAGACAUCUUUGUCCACAACCUGGCCAUGGCUCAGAGGCUGCAAGAGGAGGACUUGGGGACUGCUGAGUUUGGAGUGACUCCAUUCAGUGACCUCACAGAGGAAGAGUUUGGCCAGCUCUAUGGGAAUUGGAGAGCAGCCAAGAAGGACCUCAGGGUGGGCAGAAAGGUAAGGUUUGAAAAGCAGGAGUUGAUUCCCCCAAGCUGCGACUGGAGGAAGGCCCCCAAUAUCAUCUCACCUGUCAAGUACCAGGGAAAGUGCAAUUGCUGCUGGGCCAUAGCAGCAGCAGGCAACAUUGAAGCUUUGUGGAACAUCAGAUUCAAACAGUCCGUGGAAGUCUCUGUGCAAGAGCUGCUUGACUGUGGUCGCUGUGGGGAUGGCUGCUUGGGUGGCUACGUCUGGGAUGCGUUCAUAACUGUCCUCAACUACAGUGAGUACCUGGCUUUGUUGGACAACUGUAGGAGUCGGGAACAUCCAGGAACAGAGUGUCCUUCCUUAUCUCCAGGUGGUCUGGCCAGUGAAAAGGACUACCGAUUCCGGGGGCGUGCCAACAUCCACAGGUGCCUGGCACCGUUCUACAAGAAGGUGGCCUGGAUCCAAGACUACGUCAUGCUGCCCCGCAAUGAACACACAAUGGCCAGGUACGUGGCCACACAGGGCCCUAUCACUGUGCUCAUCAACCAGAUGCUAUUGCAGCAUUACCGGCAGGGUAUAAUCAGGGCCACGCCCUCCACCUGUGACCCCUGGCUUGUGAACCAUUAUGUCCUGCUGGUGGGUUUUGGCAAAGAGGAGGAGAAGAAAGGGUCAGAGAAAGAUCUGUCCCAGUCCAAUCAUCUUCCUCGCCAUUCCACCCCCUAUUGGAUCCUGAAGAACUCUUGGGGGGCCCACUGGGGUGAGCAGGGCUACUUUCGGUUGCACCAAGGGAGCAACACCUGCGGCAUCACCAGGUCCCCACUCACAGCCUGUAUAGGUGAUCCAGCUGAGAAGCAGCAGGUCUCCUGUCCUCUCUGAGCCUCUCCUGCAUGCCAGCUGCCUCUUCACUGCCCCAUCCCAAGGGUUCUGCUUGUCCUCCCAGCUUUCUCCACACCAUGUGAAUAAAUCAAGACAAGAUUUCUACUUCCCAAG